AUGGCCUCCAUCUCCAAUCUCGCCUGCAUCUACUCCACCCUCAUCCUGCAGGAGGACGAGGUGAUAGUCACGGAGGACAAGAUCAAUGCCCUCAUUAAUGCAGUUGGUGUCAAUGUUGAACCUUUCUGGUCUGGCUUGUUUGCAAAGGCCCUGGCCAAUGUCAACAUUGGGAGCUUCGUCUGUACUGUGGGGGCUGGUGGGCCUGUUCCAGGAGCUGGAGUGGUGCCAGCAGGCGGUCCUGCCCACUUUACUGCUGCUGUCCCAGCUGAGGAGAAGGAAGUGGAAGCAAAGAAGGAAGAAUCUGAGGAGUCUGAUGACAACAUGGGCUUUGGUCUUUUUGACUAAACCUCUUUUGUUAACAUGUCCAAUAAAAAGAUGAACCUG